AUGGAAGAAGCAUUUUAUGAACCGGAAUAUAUCGUCGAUAUGAAAGUAACAUCAGGUCGCUGCUUUUAUCUCAUCAAAUGGAAGGAUUUUCCUAUGAAUGAUUGUACUUGGGAACCUACGGAGAAUCUUAUAAACUGCGACACUUUGAUUACGGAAUAUAAAAACUCCGAAAAAAGACAAGGAACCCCACAAGAGAAAGAGCUGAAGAAACGAGGCAGAAAGAAAAAGAAUCAGAAGCAAUCAACUCUUUCGGCCAGCAAUCCUUUGAAUUCAGGAAAACGUGUUGGCGAUACAGCUUUUUGCAAGGAACUGUCAAAAGAACGAACAUCGGAUAUAAAUGCUUCUAAGACAAUAGAUUUUUCAACUGUUGCAACUUUGGUUCGUAGAGAACAAUAUAUGGAUACAAUUCGAUUUGAAGCUCAGCUUGCUGAUGGAAAUUCGGUAUGGAUAAGCGACCGAGAUGCCCAUGUGCAUCUAAAAGAUCAUCUGAUUAAAUUCUACGAACGUAUUUUGGAUCUCAAUCCUCUUGAAGCGUAA